CCAGCGCGAAAGCCGCGCCGAGGCCGAGCACGAUGCCAUAGCCGACCCCUUGAUCCAAGGCCGGAGUGAGGGCCAUGUUGGGAAAUCUCGAGAGUAAAGGCGUAGGUGAUGGUGGAGAAACAAGUCAGGCCGGCAAGAACGCAGGACACUGGAGACGAGGGAGAAAUCUGCGCGGGCCGGUCCCGGCGGCCCUGGGAGUGAAUAUAUAUGGGUUGAGAUGGUGGCAAGGCGAGCUUCGAGUUCUGUCCUUGGUGCCAAGCAGCUCAAUUGUAAGCUUUGUCGGCGGCGUGGGGAGCUUGGAGCUACCCUUGUAUCGGACAAGUGCCAUUCUCCAAGACUUAGCCCCUGGUUCAUGUCCAGCGAGAAAAACCGACCACAUCUUGGGCUCCCCCACCCAAGCAGCAAGCAACCUGGCAGAAACUACCAAGCAUCCAUGCCAAGCACGGCUCCCGCAUGUGCGUGUGCGCUCUCACAACAACGAGCGCCCAAGCAGGCAGCCAGCAGGCAAGGACGGGCGACCCACAGGAAUUCCCCGGUUCCCCGUCUGGGCUGUGUUGGGUGCACUUCCUUCCAGUUCAAAGUUCGCUUCCAUUCUCCAUUCUUGUGGAGCACGGCACUGCGUCCCUUCCUCAACCGGCUCAGGUAUCCGUUGUCCAUAUUGGAAGGUGCGAUCGUCGGUGCACAUGACUGCCCUCAGCCAGCUGCUGUGUACCUACUGGGUCAGUGGAGUCGAGACUCGAACCCUCCCGAUAGCAUCGCUAGAGCUAUCCCGUCGUAGCUUCUCUUCAAGAUGUCUUAGCUUCCAUGAAGCUGGCUCCAUCCAACGCUCGAAACGGAAACGGUGUAGUCGGGAAGAGGACCCCGCUACCGGCGCCACAAGCAUUGGCGUGCAGGCCAGAGAUAAGGCGUUUCAAUCUGUCAUAGGUUUUAGAGUCCAGCCCCCUGUUCCCCAACCCCGCACUGGCCAACGAUGCAGCGGGCUGGAGAGCGAAUGAGGGGCAGUUCACCCGCUGAAAGCUUCAAAGUCAAGCCCAUCU